UCGGUGGUCCGCGUCGAACGUCACGUCCGUCAUCUGUCAAAUGUGAUGCGAGCGAUAUCUUUUGAUUUUUACGUGCUUUUUGCAUGAAAGCUGGGUGAUUUUCGGGUUUAAUACGAUUGCGUGGCACUAGACACGGUAACAUGGCAGCCCCCGUUGUGAUAUCCGCAUCGGCGAAGCACACUGCGACGCUUAUAUUUUUGCACGGCUUGGGCGACACCGGACAAGGUUGGGCGGGCGCUAUAAGUGCGAUCAGGCCGCCCUACGUGAAAGUCGUGUGCCCGACGGCGCCGGCGAUGCCGGUGACGUUGAACGCGGGGCUCCGGAUGCCGAGCUGGUUCGAUCUGAAGACGCUGGACGAGUCAGGCCCCGAAGACGACGACGGUAUCAAAAAGGCGACCGCCCAGAUUCACGCGUUGAUCGACGCGGAGCUGAAGGGCGGCGUCCCCGCCGACAGGAUCAUGCUCGGCGGUUUCUCGCAAGGCGGCGCGUUGGCUAUCUACUCGGCCCUUACGUUCCAGCAGCGUUUGGCCGGUGUGGUGGCGUUGUCCUGCUGGCUGCCCCUUCGCAAGAGCUUUCCCGCGGCUAGGAAGUGUCCCGACGACCUACCGAUCCUGCAGUGUCACGGUGACUGCGAUCCCAUCGUGCCCUACAAGUGGGGCCAGAUGACCGCGUCGGUGCUGAAAACGUUGCUGAAGGACGUCGAGUUCAGGUCGUAUCGGGGUCUGAUGCACACGUCCUCGGACGAGGAACUCCGUGACGUCAAACAGUUCGUCGGAAAGAAUUUGCCCGGGCAGUGAGUCGGGGCGAGGCAUUUAUUCGCGAUCCCGCUUCCUAGGCGUGCGGAAACUUUCCCCAACCUACCCCGUUUUUAGUACAGUUUCCGAGAUACAUAGCGUAAUAUUUUUUUUUUGGGCUCCCCCCCCCGGUUUAGGGACUUGUUUUAAGCAAUACCGUCAGAGUGAUUUUCCGUUGGAAAUAAAACGAUUUUAGUUGUG